AUCCCCAUUUCUGUGGACGCACUGCACUUUAUUUAUUAGGGUUUUUGCUGCACGUGUUGUGUGCCAAAGAUUUCUAUCUAUUCAUGUUUUGAUUUCAUUUUUAAGUGUUCGUUUAAUUUUUCUAAUUUUUUUGUAUGAUGAUUUCUUCCGCCAUUAAAGACCUCUCUCUGAGUUCACUGAAUCCGGCGAAGGAAUCCCAUGGCCGGCGCGAGCUCUUACUCGAACUCAUUUGUAGUCUUUCUUUCCAUCUUCAUGUUGUCUCUUAGCUGCUGUGCCCUGCACCAGCCUAGUAUCGAAGGCAAAGCCUUAGCUGAGCUCGUAGAAGUGCUAAACGAUUCCCAUCAUAGAAUCAAUUGGGAUUUGAGUUUUGUCAACCCCUGCUUCAGUUGGGAUCAUGUUACAUGUCGAGACGGGAGAGUCGUGUCGCUGAGCUUGGCUUCUAAUGGAUUCACAGGAACUCUUUCUCCGGCGAUCUCAAAACUGAAGUAUCUGGUUUCCUUGAAUUUGCAGAAUAACAGUCUCUCCGGAUCCUUGCCUGAGUCUCUCGGAAGCUUGUCGAAUCUACAGAAUUUGAAUCUUGCUUACAAUAACUUCAGCGGUUCAAUUCCAGCAUCGUGGAGUGAACUAUCCAACCUGAAACAUCUGGUUGUUCGAGGAAACCAUUUAAGCGGAUCUAUACCAGAGUCGCUAGUAAACAUAACCGGCCUAGUUGAAUUGGACCUUUCGUCGAACGGAUUCAUGGGAAUAGUUCCUCAGCAGCUGUUUUCGACGCCCUCCUUCAACUUUACGGCUACUCAACUCACCUGCGGCGAUAACUUCCGGUGGCCAUGUCUUUCGAGUUCCUCCAUUCCAGCUUCAAAGAGAAAGUCUCGAGUACAGGUCGCUGUUACGGUGGCAAGUAUCGGUGUUUUCUCCAUCGUGUUGCUUGGAGCGAUCUUCGGAUACCAUUUUCAUCAAGUACAUAAACGCCGGCGCGAUGUCUUUGUUGACGUAUCAGGCGAAGACGAGAGCAAGAUCUUGCUCGGUCAAAUCCGAAGGUUUUCGUUCCGCGAAAUGCAGCUCGCCACCGGAAAUUUCAACGAAAGCGCCAUAAUCGGACAAGGCGGCUACGGGAAAGUAUACAAAGGGAUUCUCGUCGACAACACGAGAGUCGCGAUAAAACGUCUCAUGGACCAUCAUAGCCCCGGCGGAGAGGCCGCAUUUUCGAGAGAAGUCCAAUUGAUAAGCUUCGCCGUACACAAGAACUUGCUCCGGCUCAUCGGAUUUUGCACGACGCCUACCGAGAGAAUCCUCGUGUACCCAUUCAUGCAAAACCUCAGCGUCGCGCACCGCCUAAGAGAGCUAAAACCGGGAGAGAAAACGCUCGACUGGCCGACGAGGAAACGGAUUGUGUUUGGCGCCGCGCACGGCCUCGAGUAUCUCCACGAGCAUUGCGACCCGAAGAUCAUCCACCGCGACAUGAAGGCGGCGAACAUUCUCCUCGACGACAACUUCGAGGCCGUCCUCGGCGACUUCGGCUUGGCGAAGCACAUGGAUGCAAAAGUCACUCACGUCACGACACAAGUACGCGGAACAAUGGGACACAUCGCGCCCGAGUAUUUGUCCACCGGGAAGUCCUCCGAAAAGACGGACGUUUUCGGGUACGGCGUAACUCUCCUCGAGCUCGUGACUGGCCAACGUGCGAUCGACCUCUCCCGACUCGAGGACGAGGAAGACGUCCUCUUAUUAGACCACAUCAAGAAGCUACUAAGGGAGAAACGGCUGCGCGACAUCGUCGAUAAAAACUUGAAAUGCUACGACGAGAAGGAAGUCGAGACGAUUCUCCGAGUGGCAAUGGUGUGCACUCAAAGCUCGCCGGAGGAGCGGCCGAGGAUGGCGGAGGUGGUGGAGAUGCUGGAGGGCGGCGGCGGGCUGGCGGUCCGGUGGGCGGCGUGGGAGGAGGUGGAGGAAAUAAGAAGCCGUGAAAUGUCCCUUAUGGCUCCAAGAUUCCUGUGGGCUGAAGACUCGACUCAUCAUCAAGAAGUUAUGCAUUUGUCACAAGCAAGAUGACCCAUUUUGUUUGAAUUUAUUUAAUAACAGGUAGUAACGUUUGAAUUGAAAUGAAUUUUGAUCUUAACAUAAUAAACUAGUGUAUGAUACUUCGCUUAAAUUAUAUAACACCCUUUUAUAUAUUAGUAAAAAGUUGAACAAAAUAUAUUCUGUA